CCCAAAAGUUCAGUGACAGAGAGAGAGAGACACAGACACAGACACACGCAGAAUCUCACUUUUCGUCCUUGACUCAUCCAUCUCCCAUGUCAUUGCUUGGCCAUGACCCUGUACAUGCCAUUGUUCAGGUCCUGCACCGUCCCACGAACACUCGCCCAACUCCACGCCCACCUCGUCGUCUCGGGUCUCCACAGAGACCCACAGGCCUCCACCAAGCUCAUAGAAUCCUACGCCCAAAUGGGUUCCCUCCAAUCUUCCACCCACGUCUUCAAAACCUUUCCUAACCCAGAUUCUUUCAUGUGCGGCGUGCUCAUGAAGUGCUUCGUGUGGAAUCACUGCUUCCAAGAAGCGAUUUUUCUCUAUCACGAAAUGUUGCACCGCGAAAACUGCAUGAACAGGUUUAUAUUUCCUUCUGUUUUGAGAGCUUGUUCGGGGUUUGGUGAUCUGGGUGUUGGCGGGAAGGUCCAUGGGAGGAUAAUCAAAUCUGGGUUUGACUCCGAUGCGGUGGUCGAGACCUCGUUGCUUGGUUUGUAUGGAGAACUGGGUAGCUUAGGUGAUGCCCGGAAGGUGUUUGACGCAAUGCCGGUGAGGGAUGUGGUGUCGUGGAGUUCGAUUAUUUCGUGCUCCGUGGAGAAUGGGGAAGCAAGUGAAGGGUUGGAUAUGUUCCGUUGGAUGGUUUUUGAAGGUGUUGAACUGGAUUCGGUUACAAUGCUUUGUGUGGCUGAGGCUUGUGGGGAGUUGGCAUUGUUGAGAGAAGCAAGGUCAGUACAUGGCCAUGUUGUUAGAAGGGGAAUUAAGACUGAUGGGUCUUUGGAUAAUUCUCUCAUUUCAAUGUACAGUAAAUGUGGUGACUUGCAAAGUGCAAAAACGAUCUUUCGUAGUGUUACUCAUUGGGACACUGCAUCUUGGACCGCAAUGAUAUCCUGCUACAAUCAAACUGGUUCUUUUUUGGAAGCGCUGGACGCUUUUGUUGAGAUGCAAGAGUCUAAGGUGGAACCGAAUUCGGUAACCUUGAUGUGUGUUCUGCGGUCCUGUAUUAGGUUAGGCUUGCACAGAGAAGGGAGUUCUGUUCAUUGCUUUGCUAUUAGGAAUGGUGUAGACCCUGACCUUGAUUUUUUAGGAUCUGCGUUGUUCGAAUUGUACUCUAAAAUUGGGGGACUAAGCUAUUGCCAGAAAGUUAUUAAUACAAUUGGAGGGAGAAAUGUUGUUUCAUGGAACACAAUCAUUUCAGGCCAUUGUCAGAAAGGUUUGUUGAGAGAAGCAUUGGUACUCUUUGUGCAGAUGCAGACCCAUGGACUAAUGCCAGAUUCAUUCAGCAUGUCAAGUGCUCUCUCGGCGUGUGGAAAGGUCGGGUCUUUAGAGCUUGGACAUCAGAUACAUGGUCAUAUAAUCAAAAGAGGCUAUUUGGAUGAAUUUGUGUUGAAUUCACUGAUUGACAUGUACUCAAAAUGUGGGUUUGUAGAUUCAGCAUACAUGAUAUUCGACAAGAUUAAACACCUUGGUCUCGUAACAUGGAAUGCUAUGAUUUCCGGAUUUUCUCAAAAUGGUAACCCUGUCAUGGCGAUCAGUCUUUUUGAUGAAAUGUACUUGAACUGUCAUGAGAUCAAUGAAGUCACUAUAUUAAGUAUUAUCCAAGCUUGUUCUGAAUUAGGUUAUCUGGAAAAGGGGAAAUGGGUUCACCACAAGCUCAUAACCUUGGGCAUCAGGAAAGAUUUGUUUACUGAUACAGCUCUAACUGACAUGUAUGCCAAGUGUGGUGACCUGCGGUCAGCUCAGGGAGUCUUCGAUAUGAUGGAAGAAAGAAGCGUUGUGUCAUGGAGUGUCAUGAUUGCUGGGUAUGGUAUGCAUGGCCGGAUUAAUGCUGCCACAUCACUCUUUGAUCAUAUGGUGGAAACAGGAGUGCAACCAAAUGAGAUCAUUUUCAUGAAUAUUCUUUCAGCUUGCAGUCACGCAGGAGCUGUCGAAAAGGGAAGGUUCUAUUUCAGAUCAAUGAGGGAUUUCGGCGUUGAGCCCACUGCUGAACAUUUUGCUUGUAUAGUUGACCUUCUAAGUCGAGCUGGUGAUCUCAACGGAGCAUAUGAGAUUAUCAAAUCAAUGCCAACCCCUGUAGAUGCCAGCAUAUGGGGCGCUUUGCUUAAUGGAUGUCGAAUCCACCAGAGGAUGGACAUGAUCGAAAGCAUUAAAAGAGACGUUUUAGAUAUCAGCACAGAUGACACUGGAUACUAUACCUUAUUUUCUAACAUAUACGCUGAAGGGGGGAACUGGGAUGAAUUUGGAAAUGUGAGACUAAUGAUGAAAGGUAUCGGUCUAAGGAAGGUCCCCGGAUACAGUAUAAUUGAGCUUGAUAAGCAAGUUCACAGAUUUGGAGCUGGAGAUACCCCUCUUCCCCAAAUGAAGGAGGUUUACAGUUUCUUGGAAAAAUUUCAGUCUCUCGCUCGUGAAUAAGGGAUAACGUAGAAUUUGAUAUGUUGAAUCCUGACACUGUUAGAAUUAUAUACAAGUAGGAGUGUGAAGCCGGCAGAUCAUUCAGAAUUGGCACUUGAAUUUCUAAGGAACGCCUGCCUUGUGCGUGCUACUCGUUCUUGAAGUGUGUCUAAAGACUAAAAUCACAGGCAGGUAAGAGAUUUGAGUUUGUUCAUUGUAUUUUUGGAGCUCAACACCCAAAGGGUUGUAAUUUUACUAAUUUAUUCUGUCAAAUGACAAUAAUAGUAACACAAACAUUCGAUUAAUUUUGAAUUUUCCCAUUA